UAGAGGAUUUCAAUUUCAUCACAACUUUGUUAUCAUCAAGGAUUUUCUCUCAUAAAAUCAUAUUUCAUCCUUGAAAUCUUCUCAAUCUCUUAAUAAAUACUAAAACUAUGUCUAAGAUAAUAGUUGCACACUUGUCACAUCCCCAAAGAGUUCGAAUCUUAUACAAAACUGUUCUACGACUUCACAGAGGACUUCCUGACGAAUUAAAGGAACUUGGUAAUAACUAUGCAAGAGAUGAAUUCAGAAGACAUUUAAAAUGUACUCCUUCAGAAGCUCACAUUUUCAUGACUGAAUGGGCAAAAUAUGCUGUAACAAUAAGCGAACAAUUAGGUCUCAAAGGCAAACCAAAAGGAAAACUCGGAGACACUCUUGACAUCGAUGCAGUCGAGAAGUUGAGUGACCAACAAACCGUUCAACUCUACGAACUUAUGGUCGCCGCCAAAGGUCUCGAUGAGAAUGUCUCGGAACUAACCUCCGAAGAAAUAGAAAAGACUCAAAGAAAAUAACGAAAGAAAAGCCAAUCAAUUAGAAAAAUAGAAAAGUUUUAAGUUUA